GUGAAAGACCCUUUCCCUGCAGCUGGGAAGGAUGCGGCAAGAGGUUUGCAAGGUCCGAUGAGCUCGCAAGACAUACGAGGACCCACACGGGCGAAAAGAACUUCGCCUGUCCGGUUUGCAACAAGAAAUUUAUGCGGAGCGAUCAUCUCAGCAAACACGCCAGGCGACAUCCGAAUUUUGAUCCUUCGGUGCUGCGACAAAGGCGCGCCCCCAACAGGGCCUUCUCCAUCAACUCCAGUGACGGAACACCCUCGGACGUCCUUUCAGAUUCCAUGCCGAGUCCUUAAGCGCAACGCUAACAAAGAAAACAACACGAAGAAUAAUAAUUUUUAAUAAAAGAAAAAAAUAAUAACAUGUGUAUAGUCC